GACCGUUCCAGGGUGUUAUGCAAAUGUUCACAAACGUCGUUCUUACUUUCGAUCGAUUCUACUGUCUGACUAUGAAAUAUCAUGUCGUUUUAUUGGUGGCGGCAGCCGCUCUGCCCUUUGUCGCAGGUAGGAGACAGUCACGCGACCACGGUGCUUUAGAUCACGAGGUUGUUGGCCGAAUCAGUUCAGAGCGAAAUCAACUAGGUGUCGGAAUAAACACAGGGUCCGGUAAUAGGCACAAUGAGCGUACGAAUAGCUUUGUAGAGCGGCACGAAAAAGAAGAGUCUUCGGUAGCAAAUGAAGCUGGCAGUGAUGGCGGGACAGAUGGAAACGAGAGUGGCGUUAUGAGACAAGUAGACUCCGGGAACGACAUCUUAAACUGCGUAAAAAGCAUCGAUAUGGAUCUGUACGGUGCGUUUAAAACCAUCCGUGAAGCGCUAAGGAGAGAAGGUACAAACCAUCCUGGGGGAUUAACCCACGGCCAACUAACUGAUUUAAUUGACUGCCUAGAACACAAGAACAUCGUUCCUAUUGAUGCGCUUCGUGCACUUGAAGGUAUUGUGCACCAUCUGAAAACCAAUCCUCAUCUAAUACCUCUCCCAAGCAAAGAAAUAGGUCCCUCGUCAAAAACAAACCCCUCAAGGAGUACAAGUCGGGCAGGGCACAUAAGUAAAAGCAACCAAAUCCAGGCCAGCGAGACCAUGUAUCCCCAUUCCACUACAAUCAGCAGGACUACGACUACGAACGCCACGACCACUGAAGCUCCAACGACUCAUGCACGCAGUAAAAGUGUGGCCAAUGUUAUUCAGAAGGAGCAAAACAGCAAAGCUGAAUUUUCUAAAACCGGCACUUUUUCGAAGUAUUGACACCGUAUGUAAUGGCCCCCGGCGAAUUCGCUAGACAGACGGACUGAGAUAGAGGAGUUUCAAUAUACGAGUCCAGCACUGCGCAACGACUGUAUAAUCAACGUACGCUGAAUAUAUGUAAUUAUUGGACGGUAAGGCAGUCGUACACAUAGCUAACUUGACGAUUCGUUCUAGAGCACAUUUGUUGCCAUUUUUCGAAAUUCGGCUACGAUGAAUCGUUUCGAAAUUCGUCUUACAUAGACAAAGUGUCUGCUAUUGAUCGCUGACAUAAUUUGCAUAUGCAUCCUAUCUAUAUAGCUUAUUCCUAUCCAAGUGAUGUAUCAUUAACUCCAGUUCAACUUAUAAGCUUUGUAUGGUAAAUCGUAUCAGCAGAAUCUUAACUGAUAGAAAAAGCUCGGAAGAGCUUAACGCUUUAUUGCAUGUUCAUAGCGGUAAACAUAUGGUUGGUUCUUUCCAAGCUUUGCGAACCAUCAUACCAUAGGGGGCCUACACAUUAUUUCCAUGUUAGAUAGCCGAGUACUGUUGAAAGGAUUUGGGCGGACGCAUCCACAAGCCGUCUGAAUGAUCUGAACACUGACUCACUUCUUUACGUUAACGGUAAAUGUCAUAGAAGGUACAAUGCACAAACAUUAUUAUAGGACCGCGUUUGUAUAGCCCUCUUCCUGUGUUUCGGAUUGCAUCUAUAAGAAAUUUUACUAAUCUACAAUUUACACGCGUGUCUGGUGUUAGCUUGUGACGUAUCAAACGGCAGACAAACCGUGUCAAUCAGUACCGAUUGUCCGUCACCUAUAGUUGGCAUGACAAAUGUUAUCAUUUUACCAAUUAUAGCUCAAAUUGAAAUUGUGAUUAUACUUAAUAGCCGUACGCUGGACCCGUAGUAUACCUACAUAUUCCUGUCUUUGUUCGUUAAAGGAGUCGAAUAUUAUAUGAAAGCUCAUCAUGAAAUUGUAGUGGGCAAAUCGCUGACGAGGAAAGGGCAAGUGCUAAUCUUAUCUCGAGACGAAUAAGUAAAAUAUAUGAUAGACAGUUAUUGAUUAAAGCGACUGGCUUUUGAUAUGUUAUAUUUAUGGUGAAACGGAACCCCAUUAAUAUUUGAUUUUGCUAAUACGGGCAGAAUCCGCAAGUUCCAAUGGCGCGUUUUUCUCCAGUUUUCAGCCGUAUCGACGGUGUCUAACGUCUUUUCUGGUUGCAAACUGUAAAAGCAUACCAACAACGUUUUUUUGAAAUACAAACGGGAAACAAUAUAGGCCAACCAAGGACUGCAGUUAGUUGAAAUUACUGUUUGAACGUACCUAAGUAUUACCAGCACAGUUUUUCAACCUCGAAAAGGUUCUCAUUUGCAAAAUCCAUACUAUGCAAUUUAAGGGAAGUUUAAUUAAAGGAUAAUUAUCCUGUGAACUUAUACAAUAAGUUUAAGCUUAAGAUAUACAAUAUCUUAAGCCGCUUAUCGAUUUAACGCCUGGAGCUGUUCUAACGCUUAAUUAUCAUCAGAACAAUGCUAAGUUAUCCGUAUCCGAAAGAGUCCUAUAAGAGAGUCAGUCUACGAAAUUUUGAUAGCAAUUGAAACUAGACUAGACUAGACUAGACGGGGACGUAAAGUUGUAUGGAAGAGAAAACUUAACUUAACUACACUCUUGAGAUAGGUACUAUUCUAUUGUAAAUAUACGUGGAUCAUCUAUUAAUGGGUAACAAUAACAGACUGGUUUGAAAACACUGUCACCAUUAGACGCUAAUUUUCUUUCUAGUCUUUUAGAGACU